CUUUCCUCUAGAGUUUGUCGCAGGUGUGCCAUGGUAGUGCGGAUCUCUGCUACCACAGCCGUCUGCUGUUCUACGACUGCAGCACAUCGAGUGUCCACCGACUCAACGGCUCUUUCUAACGUAGCAAUCUGUUCUUCCACUGGCUUGAUAGUGUCCACGAUCACUUUCUCUUGCUUGGCAAACGACUCGGGCACCAGAUCAUACUGGUGGUCGCGAUGAACACGAACGAUGCAGUCUCGACAUAUCAACUCGUCGCACGUCUCGCAGGAGAGUUUUGCUUUCUUUGACGGUUUUUGCACAUUGUUUGUUCGCUGGAGCUCACUUUGUUUAGAGCAUCUUGGAUGUCGAAGAGGUAGUGGAUGUAGAAGGCUCCUUGGAGUCCCGGGACUCCGUCCUCUGGCAGUGGAGUGUCCUCGCG